CGUUAUGACUCGGCAUUUACGUGCUUUUGGGUCAGUUCUUCGUGGCCCUCUCGAGUGUGCUGGACACUUUCGGAGAGACGGGAAUCUGUUCCCGUGGCCUGCCCAUGGGGUGUCUGAUUCCGUGCACCUGCCGCGGAAACUGCACCUGCAAAGCUGUUUUACCCCGUCGGCCUCUCUUCAAUAUGACGUACAGCGCCGGUGCUACCGCUUUCCAUCGGAAACGAGAGCAAAGGCUUCGGAUCUAGUCCGAGAUCUUUCGUCUUUGUUGACCGGUUCUCUUCUCCUGGCCUCUCACGCCUCACCAAAUGUGAAUGCGGAAAGCGCGAAAAAAUUCCACCUUUUGCACAAAGAGAUCGAGACAUGAACCAACACUGGGCAAGCAACGGCCCUGUCCUAUCUCGAAUCUGCAGAACUGUGUACAUGACUAUACUGGCCGCGACCGGCUCGUCCUCAGGCACACGGGAGCCGUCCAGCCCGUGUGACGUGCGGCCCCGCAAGUACCACUCAUCGAGUAAGCUCUUUCCAAUGGCUGUAAUGAUGAGGACACUCAGAAUUGACUCAACUGCCCCAUGCAUCCUGGUCCCCCGUUGUCUUUCAUUCCAUCCCUCGCUCUCUCUCUCUCUCUCUCUCCCCCUCUCCCUCUCUCGGUCUUAGCCUAUCCGGUUUCUUCUAUGCUCCAAUCCAAUCGGCGCCUUUCCUGCUUCACCUGCUGACGUAAUUUGCACUGGUUCUAGAACAGAUGCCAUCACCGGGUUACAAGAAAUUUCGGCGUCCGUGAUUCGCUCCGGGUUGUGGAUGAGAUAGCGGUACUUCCUUGCCACCUCGGCCAUGAUGAAGCCACCCGAGUGAAACCUAAUGGGCAGGAUUUAGGGAUAAUCAGCCGUGUUUAUUUCGCAAAACCAUGCGGAUCGGGAGUAUCCGCAUCCCGUGCCCAUCGAAAGGCAAUGGAGUAUUCUUAAAUGAAUUGUAAGGGAGAAAUUCUCCUCCCCCUUCUGAAAAGUGGGAGAACGCAGGACCCACAUUCGCCCGCCUUAACAAAUCUCUGUACAUUUCGCGCUUUCAACAGUAUCCGACCCCAAAUCUUGCAAACAACUGAGAGCCGAUGGUUGUCUCAUAAUUGAUGCAAGGCUUGUUUCUCUCCCUCUUUCUCUCUUCCAACUCCUUGGCGGAGAGGUGUCUGCUGCUUUUCCACGCCUUUUGUCUUUUUACUCGAGUCCAAAAUCAUCGCAGUUCUUUUGGACGGAUUGAGUCUUUCGUUUCCAAGUUGGGUCGAGGCAUCGAAAGGAAAGAACAACCGGCUGGUUGAUUAUUUCUUGGGCAGACUCGUAUAAAUUUCUGCAAAUGAACUAUUGGACACUUGGAAGUACUCGAUCAGUUCCUGAGCUCGUACAGCCGAAUAGAAGCUAGUCUAGAGAAGAAAUCAUCGCUGCUGGAAGUUGGAAAAAAAGGUUUGUGAGAUGAAUGCAAUUAGACAGUAGUGUUUAAUGAACUGGAUAUGUUGUUUUAAUUCCGCCACAGACAUUGAAGCUUGAAUCCAGACAUCGAAGGUGGAAUGGAAUCUGUCCGGAAUUUAAAGCUUUGACAAUUCUCCUUCUCAGGUACAGUCAUUACCGUGGGUCCAUGUGUUACAUCAUUACAGUACAAUCUAUUGGUGUUCACAUAUUAAUAAAACUUCGAUGUUUUUUAGCACAAUAGAGUCAAUCGACAGAGCCCUGUACGC